GACCAUUGCCAUAUACUACUUAUAUAGAUAUAAGUAGACCACACCAUAGUACCAUUCACUAUUUUAUAUUCGAUCAAAAAGUAUAUAACAUCAAACUUUCUAAUUGAAUGUCAACAUAUUCAAUGAAUGAUUUUGAUCCUUUUAAUAAUAUUCCAUCUCAUCUGAUAUUUACCAAGACACCGAAUGUUUCACCAGCUAAUUCAUGUUCUUUACAUGAUUCAUAUGAUCAUACUAAUCAAAUUAGUGAUGGAAAUCAACAGAAUAAACAAUUUCAUUCAACUUUUAGUUAUAAUUUAUUACCGAAUCAAUGGUCGUAUACGAAUAAUAAUAUAAAAUAUGCCAAGAAAAUCAAUCGGUGCAAAUCAAAUGACAGUUAUCAAGAAAAAACAAUUGAUGAUGAUGAUGAUGAUGAUGAUGAUGAUGAUGAUGAUGAUGAUGAUGAUGAUGAUGAUGAUGAUGAUGAUGAUGAUGAUGAUGAUGAUGAUGAUGAUGAUGAUGAUGAUGAUGAUGAUGAUGAUGAUGAUGAUGAUGAUGAUGAUGAUGAUGAUGAUGAUGAUGAUGAUGAUGAUGAUGAUGAUGAUGAUGAUGAUGAUGAUGAUGAUGAUGAUGAUGAUCUUUAUAUCUUAGACUUACUAUUAUCGAGAACGUGUUAGGUUAUUGGUGAUUACUGCUAACUAACCCAGACUAGGAUGAAGAAGCUGUCGCUUGUUACCUAGAUUUCCGUAGUUAUUUAACUGUUAUCAAUCCACGAUGAGAAUUAAUGCAAUAGAAACUACUGAGAGCGAUCAAUAAGUAGUGUUCAAUACCGUGUUUGUCUAAUAUUUA